CGCACACAAGUGACUGACCACACAGUCAAACAACAGACGUAUUAGACUUGUCUCCGUCGUCCUCCAGCCACGAUUAUGAACUCUCAAAUUACCUGCGGAGAUUUGCAAAGAGAUUGCAGUUUUGUUUCGUUUUUCGCCGGAAGAUUGUGUACUUUUGUUUAAUUAUUCAUAUUUACGCAAUUGUCUGCGUGUCUAUUGAUUUUGUUGCGAAAAUUUGUUGUUUCUGAUUGAUUUUAGCUUCCUGAAAGAGAAACUUCUAACGACGAGGUGUAGAUAUGAUACACAAUUGAUGUAGUGCUUUUAUGUCGAUAAAUAUGUUUGGUGUGAGGUAGUAGCUAGUAAUCUACAGAGCUAUUUGGUUUUUUUACUUUAUUGUGCUUAUGAUCAUCGGUUUUGAGCAUUCGUCGGCGAUGGCGGUUUCUGGAACUUCAGUUGAAGCUGCUGAAUGUGCUUCCGGAGGAAAUCAAGCUGAACCGCCAUCAGAGAUGCUACCGCCGAAACGAAAGCGAAAUCUUCCUGGAACGCCUGAUCCAGAUGCUGAGGUGAUCGCACUAUCACCAAACAGUUUGCUAGCUACCAACCGCUUCAUUUGCGAUAUUUGCAACAAAGGUUUUCAACGAGACCAGAAUCUUCAACUUCAUCGUCGAGGUCAUAACUUGCCAUGGAAGCUAAAACAAAGAACAGGAAAUGAAAUCAGGAAGCGUGUUUAUGUUUGUCCGGAGAAAUCCUGCGUCCACCACGAUCCGUCGAGAGCUCUCGGCGAUCUCACCGGCAUCAAAAAGCACUUCUCGAGGAAGCACGGCGAGAAGAAAUGGACGUGUCAAAGGUGCACGAAGAAGUACGCUGUCCAGUCCGAUUGGAAAGCACAUAUGAAGAUUUGUGGUUCCAAAGAGUAUCGAUGUGAUUGCGGGACUUUGUUUUCUAGGAGGGAUAGUUUCAUCACUCAUAGAGCUUUUUGCGAUGCGUUAGCACAUGAAACCGCAAGAGCUCAACCUCAAACCCUCGCUAUUAAUAAUUCAGAUCAACCACAACUACUUCAACAGUCGUUUCCUAUAAUGGAAGCUGUUCUUCCUCCGCCGUGCAGUCCGCCACCACCGCCGCUUACUCCGUCAACGGACGUCCUUUCUCCGGUCAAUUCCAUCCAAAGUGCAGAACUGCCGGAGAAUGCGACGGCAGUGAACGGGUCUGGAACAAAAAAGGCGACAAGCUUGACCACAGCAACGCCAGCUACCACCACCGGUAGCGGUGGUUCCACCUCAAAUAGCACAAGUGUAUUUGCUAGUAUUUUUGCAUCGUCGGCGAUAGUAGAACCAAUCUCUCUUUCUUUAUCGUCGUCGCUGUACUUGUCCAACGCCACCAACCCCUCUUUAUUCCCGCCGUCAGAUCACGACCUACAAACCAAACAUUACCGUCAAUAUCUACCGGCGUCGCAACCGGCGCUCUCCGCCACGGCGCUGCUCCAAAAAGCAGCACAAAUGGGUCCAAAGUCUUCGAACACCUCGUUCCUCCAUGCACUCGGUUUGGCGUUGCCGUCGUCUUCCACCGGUAAUAACCAUCAUGACACCACCAAUGGUGUUCACUGGAGUAAUGCUCAGAUGAAGCAAGAGAGAGAUGAUAACGCCAGACUUGGACUUGGUCUACUCACCGCCACCACACCCACCGCAAGUCUGACAGACUUGAUGAUGGGACCGCCGGCACCCACCACGUUAGACUUUCUUGGGGUGGGGAUGGGUGGCGGAAGCCAUGCUUCCUCCGGUGAGUUGUCGGCAUACUUAACUUCAAUCAGAAGUGGCCUCCAUGCAUCUGGUGCAGCAUCCGCCGUUCCUUUUUUCAGGGGAUUGAACUCCGGUGGAAACGAUGGUUGGGAUGAUUCAGAUGAUAGGAAGCCGGCUCCACUUUAGGUCAAUUUCUUUUCUACUAAAUCUAGAGAAUAAAUAUUCAGUUUGUACUUUGUAAUAUUAGUGUAUUUAUUUAUUCUAGGAAAUUCACCAUGUAAUUUUAGAAUUCCAAGCGUAGCUUAAAUGUCUGUUUGGGAUGA